AUGCUGGACAGUGAACCACGUGAUUUACUUGGACCUACACAUCAACGGCUCCUCAUGCAUUGCUUCAGUGAAUUGCCUGCAGAACCCCGUUUAGAGCAUCUCCGAAAAGAGAUGGAGGUUCAAUUAAAACAAUGGGCGAUUUUUGAGCACAAGCUUAUGGAGAAAAUGAAGUUGUGUUAUGAAAUGGAGUUUCCGGACGAUGCCUUGGUUGCUAUGAUGAAUGAGGAGCCAGAAAAUGUGAAGAAAACUAUCCUAAGGGCUCUGCAGCAUCGAUCAAACCUCUCAUCUGGCCUCCUAAAACAGGCCAUAUCUUUUCUAGGACAGAAUGUGUUCACCAACUUAAAGCAGUCUGCUAUUGAUGCCUUGGGCGGCCAAACUGCUUUACCAGAAGAUAUUCUCUACGCUAUAAUACGUCAAUUGGAGCAUUCUAAUAAGGAUAUAAGGCAGUCUGCUAUUGAUGUCUUAAGCAGCCGAACUACUUUAUCAAAAGAUAUUCUCUAUAUUAUAUUACGUCAACUAGAGCAUUCCAAUAAGGAUAUAAGGCAAUCUACUAUUUAUGCCUUAGACAGCCAAACUGCUUUGCCAAAAGAUAUUCUCUACGCUAUAAUGCGUCAACUAGAGGAUCCUGAUAAGGAUAUAAGGCAGUCUACUAUUUAUGUCUUAGGCAGACAAACUGCUUUGCCAAAAGAUAUUCUCUACGCUAUAAUGCGUCAAUUGGGGCAUUCUGAUAUAAGUAUAAGGUGGUCUGCUAUUAAUGCCUUGGGCAGCCAAACUACUUUGCCAGAAGAUAUUUUCUACGCUAUAAUGCGUCAACUAGAGAAUUCUGAUAAGGAAAUGAGGCAGUUUGCUAUUACUAUCUUAGACAGACAAACUGCUUUGUCAGACAACAUUCUCCGAGCCAUUGUGCCUUUGUUUUUCAAGAACACCUCCAAUUUUGGUUCUCAAUAUACAAGCAUGCUACUCAAUCAGGAUAGCUUCUACGAUGUUUUCCCAAAUUUUGAUGCAGAAACUUUAUGUUCAUCAUACAGAGUAUUGGUUCGGCAAAGCUUUAGCGAGCAAUUAAGUUGCCAUUGGCAGGAUGAGGCUUUCUAUAUUAACAUACCGGAUCGGCAAAGAAAGAUUUCCUUGGUGCAGAACAAGGACGUGAUUCUGAAUGCGUUUCGAGACGAAGCUGUGGCAAUGGGAAGGCCACCCAUCCCUUCAGCAGAUAACCGUAGAUUACGUUAA